AUGAGCGGCAUUAUGCGCAAACGCUCUGAGUUCUUCAACCGCGCGCUCAGUGGCAACUGGUCCGAGAAAAAGGAUCGACUUGUUGAGCUACCUGAGGAUGACCCCGAGAUCUUCGCUUUCUACAUCAAUAUCAUCUAUACGGGCGCAAUAUCCAGUCAAACAGACAAUCACAGGCUGCCGAAUAACGAGCUUCAAGCAUACUUUUUAGCCAUCGUCAAGUCCUACAUCCUCGCCGAGAAGCUGCAGGACAAGCAAGCCAAGAACACCGCUUUGCUGACUCUUCACACCGUGACCGUACGUCUGUCGUUCCCCGAAAGACUACCCAAUGCCGAGAUCGUCGAUUUGAUGUACAAGAACACUUCGAAAGGCAGCCUUGGACGACGCCUCAUGGUCGACAUUUGGAACAACAACUACACGAAAACCGUCCUUGAGAAAAGCGAGAGUAUCUGCAAAGACUUCUUCGUCGAUCUCGCCUAUUCAAUCUAUGGUCAACGUCAGAAAAAGCCAAGUGUUGCAUGGGAUAUGCCUUCCACGACAUAUGAAGAGGAACUUUGA